CAUCUUCUUCCCCUUUCUCCUUCCUCCAAGUUCCAACUCAACUGAAAUAACUCCCCUUCCUCUUUUUCCUUUUAUAUUUAAAUCCCUUCAUUUCGCUUUAUUUACACCCAACCCCCCUCAUCUUCUGUCUCAGCUCCACCAAUCCGACCCAGUUAACUUGGAUUUGUGAUGACAUCAUUGCACCUCUAACCACAUUUUCUCAAAUUAAUUCCUGGCUGAUUAAAGUGAUUGGUUAUAUGAGUAUUUAAGUCGAGCGGGGGAGACUCAUUAUCAUCUUAUGCUGCGGUCACAUUAAGCAUGCGCCGAGUUCUCGGUUUAGUAUGGCAUACCCACCUCUGAAUGUGGUGCUCUUUUAAGCAGUAUAUUGGCUUGCUGUCAGCACGCUUCCUCUGACAUUUGCCAGCAAUCUUGCUGGCAAAAGGUAUUCCAGAAAAAAUUAUGAGUCCCCAAAGUACAUUGAACCCGAGUAGAGCCCUAGAGGGCAUGCAUGGGGUGCAUGUGGUGCCCUGUUCACGGCUUGAAAUAGAAGAGACUACUGAAACUGGGGACCUUUCUCAUUCAACUUGUGGAAGCUCAGCUAUUGGAGGAAAUCAGCAGCUUUUUAUGCAGCGAGUGUGGCAGCAAAGACCGCCUUGUUUGAAGCCCAUCCAGGGCUGCUGCAUUCAAGGUGAUCAGAGUGUUGCAGAAACCGUCGUGAAUGUGCUCACUUCACUUCCUUUUAUAGUUCUUGGAAUCCACUCCCCAAGGAAGAAUCUAAGUACCAAGCUAUAUGCUAAUUCAUUAAUUGGAGUUGGAGUCGCCUCAAGUUUAUAUCAUUCUUCGAGAGGAAAACUAAGGCAGUAUUUAAGAUGGGCCGAUUAUACAAUGAUAGCCACAACAACAGUAUGUCUAUCAAGAGCCCUCAGAAAUGAAAACCCAAAACUGCUGAUGGCUUCUGCAUUAUGUUUACCCUUCCAGCCUCUGAUGGUUUCAGCUGUUCAUACUGGAAUGAUGGAGGUAGCAUUCGCCAGGAGAGCAUUGAAAGAUCCUGAGCUAAGAAAGGCACACACUGUACAUAAGAUGUCGUCAAUACUGGGAGGCGUGCUGUUCUUUGCCGACGACGUGUUUCCUCAGACUCCGUUCCUUCAUGCUGCGUGGCACCUUGCUGCAGCCAUCGGUGUUGGCACCUGCAAUAAGCUUCUGGAGUAGCUAUCAUUCAAACAGAUUGAAGACCUGGCUAGUAGGCUAGCUACAAAUUUGUCGAUCCAACCUUAUCAUUUUUCCGAAUGCGGCCGGAAUUAUUAUUUAGUUGAUAUCUGUAAAAUCAUAUGGGUACGAAGGUUGUCGGAGAAAGUCCGAACAACUCGAUGAAUGGGUUCAAUGUAUUUAUAUUAACUAAUAAUUUUCCAAUUGCCAUGCAAAUAGGAUUCUCACUUGCCAAA